GUGGGCGGGGAGGAGGACCCCGAGGGGAAAGGACUCUGCGAGAGAGUCGUUGAGAGACUAUGGGGAAGGACCAGGAGCUGCUGGAAGCUGCUCGCACUGGAAAUGUGGCUCUCGUGGAGAAACUCCUGUCUGGCAGAAAAGGAGGCAUCCUGGGCGGUGGAUCCGGACCCCUGCCUCUGUCUAAUCUGCUAAGCAUCUGGCGAGGCCCCAAUGUGAACUGCACGGACAGCUCCGGUUACACUGCUUUACACCAUGCAGCCUUAAAUGGACAUAAGGACAUAGUUCUUAAACUACUUCAAUAUGAGGCAUCAACAAAUGUAGCAGACAACAAAGGUUAUUUUCCUAUUCACCUGGCUGCCUGGAAAGGAGAUGUGGAGAUUGUGAAGAUUCUUAUUCAUCACGGACCAUCACAUUCCAGAGUCAAUGAACAGAACAAUGAAAAUGAAACUGCCCUGCACUGCGCAGCUCAGUAUGGACACUCAGAAGUAGUUGCUGUUCUCCUAGAAGAGCUCACUGAUCCUACCAUUAGGAACAGCAAGCUAGAAACACCUUUGGACCUGGCUGCCCUCUAUGGACGGCUUAGAGUGGUCAAAAUGAUCAUCAGUGCACACCCUAACUUAAUGAGCUGCAACACUCGCAAGCACACACCGCUACACCUCGCUGCACGCAAUGGGCACAAGGCGGUCGUUGAGGUGCUGUUGGAAGCAGGAAUGGAUGUGAGCUGCCAAACAGAAAAGGGGAGUGCACUUCAUGAAGCAGCUUUGUUUGGGAAGGUGGAUGUUGUGAGAGUUCUGUUAGAAACAGGAAUUGAUGCCAACAUAAAGGAUAGCUUAGGUAGAACUGUCCUAGACAUUCUGAAAGAACAUCCAUCUCAGAAAUCUCUCCAGAUUGCAACACUCCUACAAGAAUAUUUAGAAGGUGUGGGAAGAUCAACAGUCCUUGAAGAGCAUGUACAGGAAGAUACAACACAAGAAUCGCACAUUUCAUCUCCUGUUGAGUCUCUUUCCCAAAAGACCAAAAGUGAAACUGUGACUGGAGAAUUAUCGAAACUCUUGGAUGAAAUAAAACUCUGUCAAGAAAAGGAUUAUUCUUUUGAAGAUUUGUGCCAUACAAUAUCAGACCACUACUUAGAUAAUUUGAGCAAGAUUUCAGAGGAAGAACUUGGGAAAAAUGGAAGCCAGAGUGUAAGAACUUCAUCUACAAUAAAUUUGUCACCAGGAGAAGUGGAAGAAGAUGAUGAUGAUGAGAACACUUGUGGGCCCUCGGGACUCUGGGAAGCGUUGACUCCUUGUAAUGGAUGUAGGAACCUUGGCUUUCCCAUUCUUGCACAGGAGUCCUAUCCAAAGAAGAGGAAUUACACUAUGGAAAUCGUACCAUCUGCUUCUCUGGAUACAUUUCCUUCAGAAAAUGAGAACUUUCUAUGUGAUCUCUCGGACACAACAGUUACAAAAAAACCUUGCUCCUUAGAAAUUGCAAGAGUCCCUUCCCCAAGAACUGAUAAUGCCUCUGAGGUAGCAAUUACUGCUCCAGGAACUAGUAACCAUAGAAACAGCUCUACAGGCCCAACACCUGACUGCUCACCUCCAUCCCCCGACACUGCCCUCAAAAAUAUUGUAAAAGUCAUUCGACCCCAGGGAAGUGACUGGUUGUCACUAAAGGGCUUAGACAAUAUAAAGCAUUUUCGGGGUUAUGAUUAUAGUCAUUUUGGUCAAAUCACAGAGGAUGAGCUCUCUCAACAAGAGGACAGUGAUCCCCAAAAAGAAUAUGAUCCCGGACAGUUUGCAGGCCUUCUGCAUGGAUCCUCUCCAGCCUGUGAGUCCCCUGAAAAUCCAUUUCAUCUCUAUCGGAAAAGAAAUGAGUGUGAAGAAGAACAAGAUGAAAUCAAUUUGGCAAAUAGUCCUUUGCCUUCCAAGCAGUCUCCAGUAGAAAACAACUCAGAACCUCUGGUAAAGAAAAUUAAACCCAAAGUGGUCAGUAGAACCAUUUUUCACAAAAAGAGCAACCAAGUUGAGAACCAUACCAUUGUUGGCGCAAGAACAGUUAGAAGCGGAUCCCGGAAUGGGGACCAGUGGAUAGUGAACCCCGGGGGAUUUGUGGAGAGAGCCUGUACACUGGGCAGAAUAAGGUCACUGCCAAAAGCCCUAAUCGACAUGCACUUAUCAAAAUCGGUCUCUAAAUCGGAUUCUGAUCUCAUUGCCUACCCUUCAAGUGAGAAAACAUCAAGAGUUAACUGGAGCGCGUCGUCAGCUGCUGAACGCAGUUCUAAAGGGAAUUCUGAAAGGGCGCCAUCCUUCACUUCUGAAUGGGAAGAGAUUGACAAAAUAAUGAAUUCCAUAGAUGUUGGAAUUAACAGUGAACUUGAAGAAAUGAAUGGACCCAGAUGCCCUGUCCAAACUGUGGGACAAUGGUUGGAAAGCAUUGGGCUACCUCAGUACGAGAACCACCUGAUGGCUAAUGGAUUUGACAAUGUGCAGUUUAUGGGGAGCAAUGUUAUGGAAGAUCAAGAUUUGUUGGAAAUUGGAAUCCUUAAUUCUGGGCACAGACAAAGAAUUCUACAGGCAAUCCAGCUCCUUCCAAAGAUGAGACCCAUUGGCCACGAUGGCUACCAUCCCACCUCUGUUGCUGAGUGGCUGGAUUCCAUUGAACUCGGUGAUUAUACCAAGGCCUUUCUAAUUAAUGGCUACACAUCGAUGGAUCUGUUGAAAAAAAUCUGGGAGGUUGAACUUAUAAAUGUUUUAAAAAUCAAUUUGAUUGGCCACAGGAAACGUAUUUUGGCAUCUCUGGGGGACAGGCUGCACGACGAUCCACCACAGAAACCCCCUCGGUCCAUCACCCUCAGGGAACCCAGUGGUAAUCACACUCCUCCACAGCUGUCUCCAUCACUUAGCCAAAGCACCUACACCACUGGUGGCUCCCUAGACGUUCCUCACAUUAUGAUGCAGGGCGAUGCAAGGAGAAGAAGAAAUGAGAACUACUUUGAUGAUAUUCCCCGAUCAAAACUGGAGCGGCAGAUGGCCCAGUCGUCUGUCUGUGAGAUAUGGACGAAUCAGAACGCUGGAUUUCCUUUCUCAGCCAUCCAUCAGGUUCAUAAUAAAGGGGGAAACCCAACUGCUUCCCAGGGUGGUUCUAAAAUAGGCUGGUUUGCAAAGGAAAACAAUGGUCAUUUAUGUAAUUUCUUCCAGAACAUAAUCGCUGAGCAUGAAAUUCGUAAUAUCUCCUGUGCCGCCCAGGACCCAGAAGACCUCUCAACAUUUGCUUAUAUCACAAAAGAUCUGAAGUCCAAUCACCACUACUGUCACGUGUUUACUGCCUUCGAUGUGAAUUUAGCCUAUGAAAUCAUCCUAACACUGGGACAGGCAUUUGAAGUUGCUUACCAGCUCGCACUGCAAGCCAGAAAAGGGGGGCAUUCCUCCACACUUCCAGAAAGCUUUGAGAACAAACCCUCCAAACCCAUCCCCAAACCCCGUGUCAGCAUUCGCAAGUCGGUGCAGAUCGACCCAUCUGAGCAAAAGACUUUGGCCAAUCUGCCAUGGAUUGUGGAGCCGGGACAAGAAGCCAAGAGGGGAAUUAAUACCAAGUAUGAAACCACAAUUUUCUGAUACUCACCAUCCUCCUGUCCUCGUGGUGCCUUGCACGCCGAGCACUCCCGGAGCAGGCUUCCCUUCGUGCCUCCAUUUCCACCAAGCCCAGGAGGAAGACCGCUCUGUUUGUGUGGCCUUGUCACGGGCGAAAAGCCACUGGCCAUUCCUGGGGAUGUCCUUUCUGCACCAGUGACAGAAAGCGCAACCAAAACUUUCCAGCUGUAACCCCUGAGAGGCACGAGUUGAGAUUUUUCGCUGACUCUCCUGACUCCCCUCCCUACCACCACCCAAGGUAUUUCUAACGACUCUGCCCUAACACUUGCUUUGCUGUAUUUGGGGAUAAUACCUUUAAAAAUAAAUAAAUAAAAGGGGAUCUCUAAUACUGCCUAAAAGCAUAAAAAUCUUGGGUUUAUUUUUCGCUGUCGGCAGUUUUAAAGGUAGAAUCAGAACAGAAGUACCCCCCUAAAACAUCUGUGAAAUAUCACUGAGUGUCGUUUCAUGCAAAAGGACAAAAAUCACCCCUAUGAUUGCCAGGAAAUACUGUUUCCCAAUUUCUAUAUUUGUGGAUUUUAUAUGUAAUCAACUAUGUCAGAUAAAGAAAACCUUUACAUCUAUGGAUUGAUUCAAACUUUAAGAAUGAUUUAAACAGAGAAAUUUAUUAUGCACAGAAAAAUGUGUCUUGUAUUAAAUAUUUUUAUUAAAAGAAUGUUUCAUUAAUGCAUUAAGAAAACUAGGUUAGUUGUGAGGGAUAUUUCUGGUUUCAUUUCAAAUAAAGUAAAUUUCUAUUGCUACUACCAAGAGGUUUGGGCUGGGUGUGGCAACAUAGUGCUGACACUCACCAGAGGCAGGAGAUUCAGGCAAGCAGACGGGCGUCAAACCGAAAGUGCUGAUGCGGCCAUAAGCCUGCAAAGAUUGUUUUUUUCUUUUUUUUUAAUCUUCACACUUUAAAGUGUUUUAAGAACAUGUUAAAAAAAAAUCUAGGGCUCCUGCUGUCAAGAUUUCUGUCAUGGAAACCUUGUUUGAGAAAGGUGUUAAUAAAAUUCUAUUGCAAAAAUUUUUUUUCUAGAAAAAAUAAAUACAAAACAAAAAAAAAAGAGAUUCCAAAGUAAUAAAACUCUUUUCUUGAAAUAAAAAAAUAAAUGUUUGCUUACUAUUUGAUUAAAUAAAAUUUACUUACAUUUCUUUAAGGUAUUUUAAUUUUUUUAAUGUCUCUGUGGAGUAUUUGUAUGAUACCAUAAUGUAUAUUUAUGUAGAACCAAAUUAUAUAAACAGUACCAAUAUCAUUAUAGAAAAAAAUAUAACAUUUUAAUGUAUAUUGUUCUAACAGGCCAUAUUGUGAAUCAUUUUGAAGUUCAUUACAGCGAUAUUGAUAAAUUGUGGGAUUGUCUGGGUUUUUUUAUUAACCAUAUUAUUUUAAACCUAACAGAUUAUGUUACAUUCAUCAGUUGGUGAAUUUUGAAAGAAGAAAACUAAAUUUUAUUUCAAACUGACAAAUGUACAAGGGUUUAGUUCAGUGUUGAAGAAUUUUAAUACAAUAUUAAAUUACUUGAACUGAGAAGUUCCUUGUAUAUAUUUUGCCUAUUCACUGUUGAUAUGUAUGUAGUAAACUGAGAGUAAAAUUACACUAAACUAUGGUACCAAAAGGAAACUGUAUAGGAGCAAAGUAAAUAGUAGCUUUGCUGAUACAGAAAAGUGUAAAUAUGCUUGGGCUUCCAGUUAUAAAUUUUGUAAUUUUGUCAUUAUUUAUAUCCUAUAAAAAAAGCACACAAAAUAAAACAAAAAUUGUACAGUCAUUGGUGCUUGGCAUCAUU